GCGACGCACACGGCUCUCUCCUCUCACCGGGCUGCUCACUGCUGCAGCCGCAGACACCCGGACGGGAGGAACACGGGGGGAGGACGCUGUUUCUGGAGCAGGAAAAGACGCACCAAGAGCUCCGUGUGAACAUUUAUCAGCCGCUCCGCGCAGAAACCAGCCGUCCGGGCGGAAAAACACAGACUACAGUCGAGAGAACUAAGUUGGAGGUUUCUUUGCUGCUCUAAAAGAUGGCAUCUAAUGACUCGCGGCUGCAGCAGCAGCCCUCGCAGAAGGAUGCGGCCGACCAGAAUUUCGACUACAUGUUCAAGCUGCUGAUCAUUGGAAACAGCAGCGUCGGGAAAACCUCCUUUCUCUUCCGCUACGCCGACGACUCUUUCACCUCGGCCUUCGUCAGCACCGUGGGCAUUGACUUUAAGGUUAAGACUGUCUUCCGCAAUGACAAGAGGAUCAAGUUGCAGAUCUGGGAUACAGCAGGUCAAGAACGCUACCGCACAAUCACUACAGCGUACUACCGAGGAGCCAUGGGCUUCCUGCUCAUGUAUGACAUCACAAACCAGGAAUCCUUCAACGCCGUGCAGGACUGGGCAACACAAAUCAAAACGUACUCGUGGGACAACGCUCAGGUGAUCCUGAUCGGUAACAAGUGUGACCUGGAGGACGACCGGCUUAUUCCAACGGAGGAUGGUCAACGUCUGGCGGAGGAGCUCGGUUUCCAGUUCUUCGAGGCCAGCGCUAAGGACAACAUCAACGUGAAGCAGGUGUUUGAGUGCCUGGUGGACGUCAUCUGUGACAAGAUGAACGAGAGCAUGGAGGGAGAUUCCAACAUCAUCACCAACCACCGGAACCAGGGGCCCGGAGACUCGCCUGCAGAGAGCCAGGGGGGCUGCUCCUGCUGAGCCCUGCACUACGGUGGCCCAGACCCGCCAUCGCUGAAAAUAAAAGUAACACUGCAAACAGAAACAAACGCCGCUGCAAAUAAAAGAAACCCUUAGCAAAUAAAAGAAACGCUGCAAACAAAA